ACACAAGGACCCGGAAGUCGUUCUGAUUCCGCGGGUCUUUUGGGACAACUCAGUUCCGUAGUACACUGGGUGCAGAAAUGGCGGGGGUAAAUACCAUGGAGAAAAAACUGGCUGAAUACAAGUGUGACACAAAUGAAGCCAUGUGUUUGAAGCUUGUUCGUUUUCCUGAAGAUGUUGAUGACGAUGGCACAACAUUCCACCCUGAGUUCACCCACCAAAUUUAUGGGGAUGAUGAGGUUGCUUUUGGAUACAAAGGUCUUCAGAUUCAGCUCUUCUACACUGCUGGAAACCUGAGCACCCUCUUCAAAGUGAAAUACUCCUCGAAAGUUACUGAGGAGUUUGAUUGUGUGGAGUCUGAUGAUGUUGAAGGGAAGAUCCGGGAAAUUGUUCCCGCUGGGUUCACCUGCAACACGGACGACUUCAUCUCCCUGCUGGAGAAAGAGGCUAAUUUCAAACCCUUUGGCACCCUGCUUCACACCUACACAGUCCACAACGAGGAGGCCGGGGAACUCACGUACCAGAUCCACAAGGCUGAUAUCAGCUGCCCGGGAUUCCAAGAGUAUCACGAGCGCCUGCAGACCUUCCUCAUGUGGUUCAUAGAGACAGCGAGUUUCAUCGACACAGACGACGAUCGUUGGGACUUCUUUCUUGUAUUCGAAAAGUACAAUAAAGAUGGGGAGACUCUCUACGCAACUGUUGGCUACAUGACAGUUUAUAAUUACUACGUGUACCCAGACAAAACCCGACCACGUGUAAGCCAAAUGCUGGUUUUGCCUCCAUUCCAAGGAGAGGGUCAUGGAGCCCAGCUCCUGGAGGCGGUGCACAGAUUUUAUUGCAGCCUUUCCAAGGUGCAAGACAUCACAGCUGAAGACCCUUCUGAGAGUUAUGUGAAGCUGAGAGACUAUGUGCUGGUCAAGCUUUGCCAAGGCCUUCCAUCCUUCGCUGUGGACAAGCUGCGCCUUGGCUUCUCAGCUGACAUGUACAAAGAGGCCCAAGACAAGCUGAAAAUCAACAAGAAACAUGCAAGACGAGUGUACGAAAUUCUGCGCCUUAGAGCCACAGACAUGAGCGAUGAAGAAAAAGCAAAGGAGUACCGUCUGGAGGUGAAGAAGAGGCUAUUUGGUCCAUACAGGAAGAAUCAGAGGGAGCUGACAAAAAUGAGAAAGUGCCUGCGGCCGGAGGAGAUGGUGUCCCACAUGGGUCAGAUGGACACUAAGACGCAGCACGAGGAGCUGGAGAAGAGUUAUCAGGUCGUUGUGGAAGACUACAGGAGAAUCAUAGAGAGGCUUGCAACACACGCUUAGACGCGGCUGGCCUGGAGUCCACCCUCUUCACAUUCAGGUGGUGUGUCCUGUCUGUACAAAGCCCACAUCAUCACAGACUUUAGCUGUGACUGAGAGGAAAACUCUGAGGAAACCACUGAAUUAAUUCAGGAGUAUUCCAAAUGUAUAGAAACCGGUGUAGCAGUGAUAGGUCCCCAGUGGAAAAGGCCUGUUUCCCAGCUGAGGUUGAUACAGUUGGUGAGCGAUGCACGCGAGAUGACUUCCUGUCACCUGUCUCGCGUGUUUAAUCACAUUGUGUGGCAUUUAAUGAUAUGUAGUGUUUCACAGCUGAAAGAAGGUCCACGGUCAUGCAGAGACGCCUCGCUUUUCUCCAUUACAGACAUUUUUUAAGGAUAACCGACAAAACAAAACACUUUUGUGAUAACAGUCCCCAAUGUGUCUGAAGCGCUUCGUAUUGAAAAUUAAAAAAAAAGAAAAAAAAAAGGUUUUGUAUAUUCCUCAAAUGGUGAGUCUUAUUGAAUCGAGGAAAAUAAAAUGGCAGAUCUUG